GCAAUUUUUUGUAUACUUUAGGCAUUUAUUCUUGUAUGUGUUUGAAUCUAACAUUAUAUUGAAAGUUGAAUGUAUAUCACUUUAUAUACUGAGAGCAUUGGUCAAUAUAGGGUCUGUUCUUUUCAGAUGCACUGCUGCAUUAGUGCAACAAGUUAGAAAGAGACAAACAUGCUUUCUUUCACUCUAACUAAUUGCACUAGUGCAGCGGUGCAGUUGAAAAGAACAGAUCCAUAGAUAGCCUUUGCUUCAUGUGGAAAGUUGCAAAUCUAUAUGGAAUUGUGCAAUAAAUAAAAAAUAAAUGUAAACUUUGUCGUAUAUUGAAAGCAUAAUAUGGGUGCAUCUUGAUUCAUAUAGAAAGCUGCCCAAAAAAUCCAUGUGGAAUUGUACAGUUGUAGACCUUGUUGCAUUUAUAUCUCACUUUAUAUUUCCACAUGUGUUUGCACAAAGAAAGUAUGAUAUUGAAUUGCGAAAUGAACUGAAUGAUUUAAAAGAAAAAAUGACAGGACUUUCCAUAAUGAACGAAUUUGCCAAGUAUGCCAAGCUUCAACGCAGAUGUAACCAAUUGGAAAAUAUAUUGAAAAAAAACAUGGAUGAACGACUAAGUUGGAGAUUGAAACUGCAAAUGUUAUUAACUUACAGUUUUCAUAUACUGAAUGGUAUAUUAAUUUUAUUACUUUUAUAUAUAUAUAAAAAAGAACCUGUGAUUAUCCUAUCAGAAGGUACAUUAUGGCCAUUACAAGAUGUUCUGAGUUGGCCAUGUCAACAUGAAAAUGCUAUUUCUUUGUUAGUUUGGAUUAUGAUCGUCCGAUUAGGAGUGUCUGCAUGCAUAAAGCUCCGUGUAUAAAAUAUUUAUCUGUAGUGUAAAUAAGUAUUUAUAUUUUGUUAUUUAUUGUUCCAUUAUUUUAUUUUUUGUUCCAUUAUUGUCUUAUUAUAAUUAAUAUCAAAAUAAAACACUAUUUACAUAAGGUAUCUCCUUGAAAAAUCUGAAAUUCUCAAGGAUUUUUGUAUCUGGAAAAAUUAGAGAAUUUUCUUGGAAUUUUAUUGAGAUUUAAGAAAUUUUUUUGAAAAAUGUUCUCUUUGAUUUUUCAUGUUAUAAACAAUUGACGAUCCAAGUGGAUUAUAUGUUUAAAAUAUAUUAUUUAUAUAUUUUUGUUUAUAUAUUUAAUGUAUUAACAAAAUAUUGUGAAUAUGUACUCCGCAGCAAAAUCAUUCCGCAGCUUUUUUUAGUAUAAUUCUAAA